UGGACAGUAGUACUAUCCACAACCCACCGUUACGUCACACGGGUUUGGGGAAAGUGGCAAAAGAUGUCUCAGUGAACGAGGGAAGUAAGCAACUCUUUUUUACCGAGUGCAUGGCGCACAAGUGAAGUUGCCGUUAAAGGCUUUCUACUGACACUAGUACUGCUAAUCUGCGAGUCCAGUCUCGGCAUCAUCAUUGACGACGAGGAUAAGAAGACAAUGUCGUCGCGUGGAGGGAACAGCGAGAGCCGAGUGUACGUGGGGAAUUUGCCCCCCGACAUUAGGACCAAGGACAUUGAAGACCUCUUCUACAGGUUUGGGAAGAUCCUCUAUGUCGAUCUGAAGAAUAGGAGGGGACCUCCGUUUGCUUUUGUGGAAUUUGAAGAUCAUAGGGAUGCGGAGGACGCUGUGUCGAAACGGGAUGGGUAUGAUUAUGAUGGAUACCGACUACGCGUGGAGUUUCCCAGAGGAGGAAGUCGCAGUGGUGGGGACCGUGGUGGGAGCAGUGGGGGACGUUCAUCCUAUGGGGAUCGUGGUGGUGGGGGUCGAGGCGGCGGCGAUCGAGGACGUGGAGCCCCAGCUCGUCGAUCACAAUAUCGUGUUGCAAUUUCCGGACUCCCUCCGAGUGGCAGCUGGCAAGACUUGAAGGAUCAUAUGCGAGAAGCUGGGGACGUUUGCUUUGCGGAUGCUUACAAGGAUGGGACCGGAGUGGUGGAAUUUCUGCGACAUGAGGAUAUGAAGUAUGCCAUUAAAAAGCUGGAUGACUCUCGAUUUCGCUCUCAUGAGGGCGAGACAACAUACAUUCGAGUAAAGGAAGAUCGAGGAGGGGCAGCCGGGAGUGGUAGUGGGGAUCGAUCUCCACGAAGUCGUAGUCGAAGCUACAGCCCUCGUCGUCGAUCUCGUAGCGAUUCGCGAAGUCGAUCACGCUCUCCGUCUUAUGACCGUCGUUGAGUAACGAAGGAGGAAAUUGAAGAUUAUUACACAUUUAAAACCAUCAUUAUCAAAUUCAAAACCUCGAUAAAAUUAUGUUCCAAUAAGGACUGAAUUUUGUUUUAAAUUAUGUUUAAUACAAACAACAACUAAUUGUUUUACUAGUUUCACCUACAAAAUGAAUGUGUUUUUCAUCUUAAAAUUUCAUUCGUAAGAAAUUACAUUCCAAACUAUCAUGAUGUUUUCAUUUACUAAAAUGGUAUAUAUAUAUAUAAGAGUAUCUAUUAUGUAAUAUCUAUCAAAUAAUACUAUGUAACAUCAGCUGACCCUCCCUCAAUUAAGUGCUCAUAUAUAUAGUGUUUCUAUAUAAAACAACAAAUAAUAUUGACCACCAGUUGGAUUUAUGCUGUUACAGAUGUUAAUAAAGAAAAUUGCAUAUAAAACAAAA